AGUGGAAGGCCCAGUACACAGCUAAAUAUAGCACAAUGAGGCGCACAGAGUUAACCGCUAGAAACAUUCUUUUUGCAACUAUUCUUUUUACUUUCCUCAUGAAGCAAUGAAAAAUCUCAACAACUUGAACAGUUUUCUGUCUCAACAUUAUAUUUUACAAAACAUACACAAAAAAUGGAAUAGUUAAAUGAUCCACUAAGGAAGAAAUGUAUAAAUAUAUAUGCACACACUUUGGGUACAGCCAUUUGAAUCUGUUGGAAGCCAGGAGGUGGCGCUGCAGGCUAAAGAGACAGAAUAAAGAAUUGAACUAAGAAUGCUGCAGAAGUCACUAACAAAAAAAAAGGAAGAACGCAGCAGACAGGCUGGGAGAAAAGCCAUAGCUGCUCAAGACUGCGGAAAGAAAACACAAUUCCAGACCCCUGCCACUACAUGGUGUAGGUCUGGGGUUUGCAACUGCUGUUUCUUUGUACUGGGAGCUGUGAUUGUGACCGAUAUUGACAAGAGAUGUGUUCAGAAGAAGCUAUGGAGGCUGGAGGGUUGUGCUACCCAAGACAAAGGCAAGUCCUGUUUCUCUUUCUGUUUUGGAGAGUAUCCUUGGCAGGAUCUGUGUUUGGACGAUAUUCAGUGACAGAGGAAACAGAGAGAGGAUCGUUUGUGGUCAAUCUGGCAAAGGAUCUGGGGCUAGGGGAUCGGGAGCUGGUUGCAAGGGGAGCCCGGGUGGUCUUUGAUGAUAACAAACAACACUUGCUCCUGGAUUCUCAUACUGGGGAUUUGGUCACAAAUGAGAUACUGGAUCGGGAGAAGCUGUGUGGCUCCACAGAACCCUGUAUACUGUAUUUCCAAAUUUUAAUGGAUAACCCCUUUCAGAUUUACCGGGCUGAGCUGAGGGUUGGGGACAUAAAUGAUCAUUCACCAGUGUUUCAAGACAAAGAAACAGUCUUAAAAAUAAUAGAAAAUACAGCUGAAGGGGCAACAUUUCGACUAGAAAGAGCACAGGAUUCAGAUGGAGGACUUAAUGGUAUCCAAAACUACACCAUCAAUCCCAACUCUUUUUUUCAUAUUAAAAUUGGUGACAGUGAUGAAGGCAUGAUAUAUCCAGAGCUAGUGUUGGACAAGACGCUGGAUAGGGAGAAGCAGGAAGAGCUCAGUUUAACACUCACGGCGCUGGAUGGCGGGUCUCCACCCAGAUCUGGGACUUCCACUAUACGCAUUGUGAUCCUGGAUGUCAAUGACAAUGCCCCACAGUUUUCUCAGGCAAUCUACCAGACCCAGGCUCCAGAGAACAGCCCAGUGGGUUCCAUUAUUGCUACAGUCUCUGCAGUAGAUGUAGACUCUGGAGUCUAUGCAGACAUAGCCUAUUCGUUUUUUGAUGCUUCUGAAGAUAUUCGCUCAACCUUUCAAAUCAAUCCCUUUUCUGGGGAAAUCGUUCUCAGAGUGUUGCUUGAUUAUGAGCUAGUAAAGUCUUACAAAAUAAAUAUACAGGCAGUCGACGGUGGCGGCCUUUCUGCAAGGUGUACGGUUUUGGUUGAGGUAUUAGACACCAAUGACAAUCCCCCAGAGCUGAUCAUGUCAUCACUUUCCAACCAUGUUCCUGAGAACUCUCCUGAGAUGAUAUUGGCUGUUUUUAGGAUUAAAGACAGAGACUCUGGAGAAAAUGGGAAAAUGGUUUGCUACAUCCAAGAUAACCUGCCAUUCCUUCUGAAACCCUCUGUGGAGAAUUUUUACAUUCUAAUGACAGAAGGAGCUCUGGACAGAGAAAGCCAAGCGGAGUACAACAUCACCAUCACUGUCACUGAUUUGGGAACCCCCAGGCUGAAAACCCAGCACAACAUCACCCUGCUGGUCUCCGACGUCAACGACAACGCCCCCGCCUUCACUCAAACCUCCUACACCCUGUUCCUCCGCGAGAACAACAGCCCCGCCCUGCACAUCGGCAGCGUCAGCGCCACAGACAGAGACGCGGGCGCCAACGCCCAGCUCACCUACUCGCUGCUGCCGCCCCACGACCCGCAGCUGCCCCUGGCCUCGCUGGUGUCCAUCAACGCGGACAACGGCCACCUGUUCGCCCUGAGGGCGCUGGACUUCGAGGCGCUGCAGGCGUUCGAGUUCCGCGUGGGCGACGCGGCCAAGCACAGGCUGCUGGUGCUGGUCAAGGACAAUGGCGAGCCCGCGCUGUCUGCCAGCGUCACGCUGCACGUGCUGCUGGUGGAUGGCUUCUCGCAGCCCUACCUGCCGCUGCCGGAAGUGGCGGCCGACCAGGCGCAGGCCGACCCGCUGACCGUGUACCUGGUCAUCGCGUUGGCGUCGGUGUCGUCGCUGUUCCUGUUCUCGGUGCUGGCGUUCAUCGCGGUGCGGCUGUGCAGGCGGAGCAGGGCCGCCUGGGUGGGUGGCUGUUCGGUGCCUGAGGGCCACUUUCCGGGCCACAUGGUGGACGUCAGCGGCACUGGGACCCUGUCCCAGAGCUACCAGUAUGAGGUAUGUCUGACGGGAGGCUCAGGGACCAGCGAGUUCAAGUUUUUGAAGCCAAUUCUUCCCAAUAUUCAGGAACAGGGCCUUGAGAGGAAUAGUGAAGAAAACCCCACCUUUCGUAAUAGCUUUGGAUUUAAUUUUUAGUAAAAAUUCUUUUUAUAUUUUCGUGUACUUUUGAAGUGUUUUACAACCGUAUAAAUAUUAGUUUAGUUUUAAAACUCCACGUUAAAUUAUUAUGCAACUUCAAGCCUAAUAUUUUUUAUCUUUUUUUUUUUUCCGGAGGGAGAAAGGGAGAGGGAGCUAGAAACAUCAAU